ACCACGGGCACCAUGCAGAAGUGCGAGAAUUCCUUUGGGCUGCUCGUACGGUUACUUAGAGCAAUGCUUAUAGAAUCUGCGAUUCAUGACGACUUUGCGCUGCGAGUAAAGCCGGGAUUCCUUGCGAACUAAUUACGCGCUAGCGGCAUGUAAGACACUAGCAAAUCCGGAGAGCUGCUGGAUCGCGACGUGCUGCUGCUCACCGCCGCUUUGGGGGCAGCCCCGCCUGCAUUCACCUAUUCGCGAGGCAGCCGUUCGCUGCUGCCGCUGCACCAGUACAGGCUGGCCUCAUCAUCAAAGCGGACCUGCGACGCAGCGCGGCACGGGACUAGUUCCGCUUUCCUUGGCUUCCCGAUAUGCAGAUCUUCGUCAAGACCCUGAUUGGCGAGACGUUCACGCUCGACGUCGAGCCGAGCGACGCGAUCGACAGCGUCAAGCAGAAGAUCCGGUACAGGGGCGUUCCUCCGGACCAGCUUCGCCUCAUCUACGCCGGCAGACAGCUCGAGGACGGCCGCACGCUGAGUGACUACAACAUCCACAUGGAAUCGACGCUCUACCUGGUCCUCCGGUUAGGAGGUGGACCUCCCAGGGCCCGUUACCAUCAGUGGAUAAAGAGAAUCACCGUAAAUGGAGCAGAUCUGAGGGAUGUCCCGUCCGAGAAUGAAGCAGGAGAUGGAACUUUAGUCUCCAUUCUAUUUUGCACGAACGCCGAGUCCUCAGACCCUGCAAAAGGCAACUCGUAUAUCAACGUGGGAGCCCUGGUCCCUCCAAUUGCGAAUUGCAUACCGUGCACUAUCGCGGACUAUCGCGGCAAUGAUGAGCGGUUGCUGCCCACGGCCGUCACACACACAGCGAACACAUUGAACAUCAGUUUCCCAAAGCUCCGGCCGGGAGAAGACUACGUCUUCAACAUCAACCCCGUGGGCGACCGGAGUUUUGUGGGCAGGUCUGGGCGAAUUGUGGGUUCACAUGAGGUGCGGUUUCAGACUCGCGAUCGGGUCCUCGCCUGCCCCAUCUGCCGCACGCAGCCCCCACGGCGCGCCUGUGGGAACAGAGUCUUCGCCUCGGCCCACUGUCCCGUCUGCUUAGAGACGGCGGAACCCGUCGUGGCCCUGCCCUGCGGCCACGCCCUCUGCGAGGGAUGCUUCGGGAGCAUCCCGGGCGGCGCCCUGCUCGUCAAUGGACAAAGUGUCGGCGCUGCUCCUCGCCCUACGGAGGAGGCGCAGGACCGCGACGCGACGCGGCAGCGGCGGGAAGCGGCGCGAGAAGACGAGGACGCGGCGGCGCGGCGCGAGGCCGUCGAGCGGUCGCGGCGGGAGGCGGCCGAGGAGCGCGAGCGGCGCGCCGCCGUCGAGCGGUCGCAGCGCGAGGCGGAGCGGGCCCGCGCCGAGCUCCGCGCCGCGCGCGACGAGGCGGCGCGCCGCGAGGCCGCCCGCGCGAGGGAGCGCGACGAGGCGGCGCGCCGCGCGAGGGAGCGCGACGAGGCGGCGCGCCGCGAGGCCGCCCGCGCGAGGGAAGCGGCAGCGAGAGAGCGCCCAUCCUACAAUGCCGCAUUCGCGGUUAACCAGCGCGUCGAGGUGCGGUGGCGCAGCGGCAACCAGUGGUUCACCGGCAAGAUCACAGCUAUUCGCGGCGACCGCUUGUACGACAUCCUAUACGACGACGAGGAUUCCGAGGCACGCGUCGCCGAAUCGCGGAUUCGCCGGUGGGUAUCCACGCCGCACACUGGGCAUAAAUAAGUUACUAAACACCUGCAGAAGUGCGAC